AAAAAAUAAUAAUACUAUUACAGGAGGCGGGAGCAGUCAACUGUUAACCCACUUUUAAAGGAAAAUGAAAAACAAAAAUGGAAAUUCAGAAAAAUGGUAGAUAAAGAGGACCUUCAAAUUGAUCCAUUAAUAUCGAUCAAAUUUCUCUCUAGAUGUCUUUCAUUGAAAUCGAUCGCUUCAGCUUUUGAGCUAUCAAUUUCAAACAAGAUUCAAUGGCGACGAGUGUGGAGUGUUGUUCAACGCAACUUAUUGAUGGAGAUGGCUCAUUCAAUGUUACUGGAAUAGAAAAGUUAAUCAAGGAAGUCAAACUUAAUGAAUGUGGGCUGUCCUAUGCUGUGGUUUCCAUCAUGGGACCACAGAGCAGCGGUAAAAGCACACUGUUAAAUCAUUUGUUUCAUACCAAUUUCAGAGAAAUGGAUGCAUUUAAGGGAAGGUCUCAAACCACGAAAGGUAUAUGGAUGGCAAAAUGCAAUGGUAUAGAGCCUUGCACUGUAGUAAUGGAUUUGGAGGGUACUGAUGGAAGAGAACGUGGGGAGGAUGACACAGCAUUUGAGAAACAAAGUGCACUCUUUGCACUAGCGGUUUCUGAUAUAGUACUCAUAAACAUGUGGUGUCAUGAUAUUGGACGUGAGCAAGCUGCAAACAAGCCUCUUCUUAAGACUGUAUUCCAGGUCAUGAUGAGAUUGUUUAGUCCCCGCAAAACAACAUUGAUGUUUGUCAUCCGUGAUAAAACAAGGACACCACUGGAAAAUUUAGAACCUGUUCUGAGAGAAGACAUUCAGAAGAUAUGGGACUCAGUUCCUAAGCCUGAAGCACAUAAGGAAACUCCAUUAAGUGAAUUUUUCCAUGUUGAGGUUGUUGCACUUUCUAGUUAUGAAGAAAAGGAAGAGCUAUUUAAAGAGCAGGUUGCUAAUUUGAGACAACGAUUCUUCCACUCCAUUGCGCCGGGGGGACUUGCUGGAGAUAGGAGGGGAGUGGUACCUGCUUCAGGGUUCUCUUUUAGUGCACAAGAGAUCUGGAAAGUCAUUAAGGAGAAUAAGGACCUCGACCUUCCAGCCCAUAAAGUCAUGGUGGCUACUGUACGUUGCGAAGAAAUUGCCAAUGAAAAGUUCAAUUCUUUCACUGAAUGUGAGAGUUGGUGUCAGUUAGAAGAAGCCUCAAGGUCUGAUCUUGUUUCUGGCUUUGGGAAGAAGCUGAAUUCACUUCUCCACACUUCUCUAACUAAGUAUGAUUCAGAAGCCACAUUUUUUGAUGAAGGGGUGAGAUCCUUAAAGCGAAAACAGCUUGAAGAAAAACUGCUCCAACUUGCACAACCAGCCCACCAAGCCAUUCUAGGACAUUUAAGGUCUGGAACUCUUGAAAAAUUUAAGGAAGCAUUUGAGAAGGCUUUGAAUGGAGGGGAGAAGUUUUCUGUGGCUGCUCGUAACUGCACUGAAUCUUACAUGGCUCUGUUUGAUGAGGGAUAUCAAGAUGCUUUUGUUGAGCUAGCAAAUUGGGAUUCUUCUAAAGUCAGGGAAAAGCUACGUCGUGAUAUUGAUGCACAUGUUGCUUCUGUCCAAGCUGCUAAGCUUGCAGAGCUUACUUCAUCAUACGAGGUAAGGGUGAAAGAGGCAUUAUAUGGACCUGUUGAAUCACUAUUUGAUGGAGCUAAUAAUGAGACCUGGCUCUCAAUAAGGAACCUUCUCCGGUGUGAAACUGAAUCAGCUGUCCGUGGACUGUCCAGUGCCCUCUCUGGUUUUGACCUGGAUGAAAAUGCCAGGGGCAAGAUGAUAACGGGUCUAGAGGAUUACGCCAAAGGAGUUAUUGAAACAAAAGCUAGAGAAGAAGCUGGAAGGGUAGUGGUCCGUAUGAAGGACAGGUUUUCAAAUUUGUUUGCUUAUGAUGCUGAUUCAAUGCCACGGGUUUGGACUGGGAAAGAAGAUAUUCGAUUCAUAACUAAAACAGCUCGAGUUGAAUGCUUGAAACUACUAUCCGUUAUGGCCGCAAUCCGGUUGGAUGAUACUGCUGAUAAUAUCGAGAAAAUACUAUUUACUGCCUUGUUGGAUCCGAGCAGUAGUGCUGCUGCGAUUAAGAGCAAUAAAGCAGGUGAUCCACUGGCCUCGAGCACUUGGGAUCAGAUCCCUCCCUCCAAGACAAUGAUCACACCUGUCCAGUGCAAGACGCUGUGGCGGCAAUUUAUGACUGAGACCGAGUACAGUGUCACUCAGGCCAUUUCUGCUCAGGAAGCCAACAGGCGUAGCAACAACUGGUUGCCACCUCCAUGGGCAAUUGUUGCCUUGCUGAUCUUGGGAUUUAAUGAAUUUAUGACUGUUCUAAGAAAUCCUUUAUAUCUGGGUCUCAUCUUUGUGGGUUACCUAGUAAUAAAGGCUGCAUGGGUGCAGCUCGACAUUCCGGGUCAAUUCCGUUACGGCAUUCUAGCGGGGAUUCUGUCCAUAUCUACCAAAUUAAUUCCCACCAUCAUGAACAUUCUCCGAAAAUUAUCCGAGCCAGCUCCCGUGGCCGCCACCGGAGCUAACAACCCUCCAAGACACCUGACUGCAGCUACAAAAGCGCUCGAAAACGGAAGCAUCAGGUCUUCAACUGCUUCAUCAGGAAACAAGACUGAAUACUCCGGCCACAACAAAGAACAAUAAUUUAUUAGACUAGAAACACGUUGUUCCGAGUUCCGAAUAUGCCGGUUUUGCUCUCACUUUCAUGGCAGGCCUUUCGUUACUAUGAUCUUUUACGAUACAUGAAAAUAUAUGAAGUCUCCCGAGAAUGUUGAGAGUUUUAACACAUCUUGAAAACGGCAUAUAAUUUUUUAUGCAUAGUGCCACAGUAUUGCUUUAGUGCCCUCAUUAAAUAGGUACUUCUGGUCUCUCCUAAGUCUAGUUUCAAUGGCCAAGUUAUAUAAGGAUUUAUAUAUAUUUUUACC